GAGCCGCCGCUGCCGCUGAGCGGGGCCGCCCGCCGCUGCCGGGGCAGGGCGAAGAUGUCGGACACCAAGGUGAAAGUCGCCGUCAGGGUCCGGCCCAUGAACAGGAGAGAGCUGGACCUGAAUACCAAGUGCAUCGUGGAGAUGGAAGGGAAUCAGACUGUGCUGCACCCGCCGCCUUCCAGCACCAAGCAAGGAGAAAGAAAACCACCUAAGGUGUUUGCCUUUGAUCACUGCUUCUGGUCCAUGGAUGAAUCAAACACCACGAAAUAUGCAGGUCAAGAAAUGGUGUUCAAGUGCCUUGGAGAAGGAAUUCUUGAAAAGGCCUUUCAGGGAUAUAAUGCUUGUAUAUUUGCCUAUGGACAAACAGGUUCAGGAAAAUCCUUUUCAAUGAUGGGCAAUGCAGAGCAGCUGGGUCUGAUCCCACGGCUCUGUUGUGCUUUAUUUCAGAGAAUCUCUGUGGAAGAAAAUGAAUCUCAUACUUUUAAAGUUGAAGUGUCCUAUAUGGAAAUCUACAAUGAGAAGGUUAGAGAUCUGCUUGAUCCGAAAGGGAGUCGGCAGUCUCUUAAGGUUCGAGAGCACAAAGUGUUGGGACCGUAUGUAGAUGGCUUGUCACAGCUGGCUGUUACAAACUUUGAGGAUAUUGAGUCACUGAUGUCGGAGGGAAACAAAUCUCGAACAGUUGCUGCAACCAACAUGAACGAAGAAAGCAGUCGCUCUCAUGCUGUAUUCAAUAUUAUAGUGACUCAGACAUUAUAUGACCUGCAGUCCGGUAAUUCUGGAGAGAAGGUCAGCAAGGUUAGCCUGGUAGAUUUGGCUGGUAGUGAGAGAGUGUCCAAAACGGGAGCUGCAGGAGAACGCCUGAAGGAAGGCAGCAACAUAAACAAAUCUCUUUCAACACUGGGAUUGGUUAUAUCAUCACUUGCUGACCAAGCAGCAGGGAAGGGGAAAAGCAAGUUUGUGCCUUACAGAGACUCUGUACUCACUUGGCUUCUCAAGGACAACUUAGGAGGAAACAGCCAAACUGCUAUGAUAGCCACAAUUAGUCCAGCAGCAGACAAUUAUGAAGAAACACUCUCUACUCUAAGAUAUGCAGACAGAGCAAAGAGGAUAGUUAAUCAUGCCGUGGUGAAUGAAGAUCCAAAUGCCAGAGUCAUUAGAGAAUUACGUGAAGAAGUUGAAAAACUGAAAGAACAGCUCUCGCAAGCUGAGGCCAUGAAAGCUCCAGAACUAAAGGAAAAGUUGGAAGAAUCAGAAAAACUAAUAAAAGAGCUAACAGUCACCUGGGAAGAAAAGUUAAGGAAAACAGAAGAAAUUGCACAGGAGAGGCAAAGACAGCUAGAGAGCAUGGGAAUAUCACUAGAGUCAUCAGGUAUCAAGGUUGGAGAUGACAAAUGUUAUCUUGUAAACCUGAAUGCAGACCCUGCGCUCAAUGAGCUUUUGGUUUAUUAUUUAAAGGAUCACACAAGAGUUGGUGCAGAUACCUCUCAGGAUAUACAGCUAUUUGGUAUAGGAAUUCAACCAGAACACUGUGAGAUUGAUAUUGCUUUAGAUGGAGAAGUUACACUGACCCCAAAAGAAAACGCAAGGUCGUGUGUAAAUGGUGCACUCGUAUGUUCUGUCACUCUGUUAUGGCAUGGAGAUAGAAUUUUAUGGGGAAAUAACCACUUUUUUAGAAUCAAUCUACCGAAGAGGAAACGAAGAGACUGGCUGAAAGACUUUGAGAAAGAUGCUCCGUUAGGGGAGCAUGAUCUGGAUGCAGCUAGUGAAGCUUCUUCGGAACCAGACUACAAUUAUGAGUUUGCACAAAUGGAAGUUAUUAUGAAGACACUGAAUAGUAACGACCCAGUACAAAAUGUGGUCCAGAUCUUGGAGAAACAGUAUUUGGAAGAGAAGCGGAGUGCUCUUGAAGAGCAGCGGCUGAUGUAUGAACGUGAGUUGGAACAGCUACGGCAGCAGCUUUCUCCAGAAAGGCAGCAUCAGCAUGGUAGUGAUAGACUUUCCUAUGCUGCUCAGACUGCACAGCAGAAAGUAAACCUCUGGACAGAAGAGAGGGAUGAAUUGUUUCGACAGAGCCUGGCUAAGCUUCGAGAACAGAUAGUAAAGGCUAAUACACUGGUGAGAGAAGCAAACUUCUUAGCAGAAGAAAUGAGUAAACUAACUGAUUAUCAAGUAACACUUCAGAUUCCUGCUGAAAACCUCAGUGCCAACAAAAAGAGGGGUGCAAUAGUAAGUGAGCCUGCUAUUCAAGUGAGAAGAAAAGGAAAAGCUACUCAAGUGUGGACUAUUGAGAAACUAGAGAACAAAUUGAUUGAUAUGAGAGACCUCUAUCAAGAAUGGAAGGAGAAAGUUCCUGAGAUAAGGAAGAUCAUUGGCAAAAGAGGUGAUCCUUUUUAUGAAGCACAAGAGAAUCACAACUUAAUCGGUGUAGCAAACGUUUUUUUGGAGUGCCUUUUCUCUGAUGUUAAGCUUCAGUAUGCUGUGCCCAUCAUCAGCCAGCAGGGGGAGGUUGCAGGACGGCUGCAUGUUGAAGUAAUGCGAAUCACUGGGUCUGUACCAGAACGUGCAGCAGAAGGAGACGACUCAUCCGAGAACUCUAGUGAGAGUGGAAGUCUGGAAGUCAUGGAUAGCAAUGGAGAAAUUAUUCAGAGAGCAAAAAAGCUCUCCUGCAGGGUAAAAAUAAAAGAAGCAACUGGAUUGCCACCUAACCUUUCCAACUUCGUCUUCUGUCAGUAUACAUUUUGGGAUCAAUGUAUAUCAACAGUAGUGGCACCAGUGGUAGGUCCAGAUGUGCCUUCACCUCAGAGCAAGGAAGCUCAUUUUACAGUGACCUUCUCUCACUGUAAGGACUAUGUGGUGAAUGUCACAGAAGAAUUUUUGGAAUUCAUUUCUGAAGGAGCUCUUGCUAUAGAGGUUUGGGGUCACAGAUGUACAGGCAAUGGUAGCUCUGUUUGGGAAGUUGAUUCUCUUCAUGCCAAAACUAGGACACUGAGAGACAGGUGGAAUGAGGUAACUCGACGAAUAGAAAUGUGGAUUUCCAUACAAGAACUGAAUGAGAUGGGGGAGUAUACUGCAGUUGAACUCCAUCAGGCAAAAGAUGUAAACACAGGGGGCAUUUUCCAACUUAGGCAGGGUCAUUCUCGCAGAGUUCAGGUGACAGUGAAGCCUGUACAGCAUUCAGGAACAUUGCCUCUCAUGGUAGAAGCAAUUCUUUCAGUCUCUAUAGGUGGUGUGACUGCCAGGUCAACUAAAUUGCAAAGAGGCUUGGACAGCUACCAGAAGGAUGAUGAUGAUGGUGGUGAUAUGGAUAGUUACCAGGAAGAAGAUUUAAACUGCGUGCGAGAAAGAUGGUCUGAUGCAUUAAUAAAGCGCAGAGAAUACUUGGAUGAGCAGAUUCAAAAGAUCAGCAAUAAACAAGAAAAAUCAGAGGAUGAUAUAGAAAGAGAAGCCCGACUAGUAGAACAAUGGGUAGGGCUGACGGAAGAGAGGAAUGCAGUGUUUGUCCCUGCACCAGGCAGUGGAAUUCCUGGUGCCCCUGCAAACUGGAUUCCACCUGCAGGAAUGGAAACGCAUAUACCUGUUCUCUUCCUUGAUUUGAAUGCUGAUGACCUCAGUGCCAAUGAACAACUUACAGGUCCCCAUGCAUCAGGAGUUAACUCAAUACUCCCAAAGGAGCAUGGGAGUCCAUUCUUUUAUCUACCGAUCAUAAAACACAGUGAUGAUGAGGUCUCAGCCACUGCUGCCUGGGACUCCUCUGUCCAUGAUUCAGUGCACCUGAAUAGGGUAACUCCUCAAAAUGAGAGGAUUUACUUAAUAGUGAAAACCACUGUGCAGCUCAGUCAUCCAGCUGCAAUGGAACUCGUAUUACGCAAAAGAAUUGCAGCCAAUAUUUAUAACAAGCAGAGUUUUACCCAGAGCCUGAAAAGGAGAAUAUCUUUGAAAAAUAUAUAUUAUGCUUGUGGAGUGACCUAUGAAAUAGUAUCCAAUAUUCCAAAGGCUACAGAAGAAAUUGAGGAUCGUGAGACCUUGGCACUGAUGGCCGCAAGGAGUGAGAGUGAGGGUACAUCUGAUGGGGAAACGUACAUGGAAAAGUACACCCGGGGUGUCCUGCAGGUGGAGAACAUCUUGAGCCUGGAACGACUAAGACAGGCAGUCACAGUCAAAGAAGCACUGUCCACCAAGGCAAGAAACAUCCGCAGGAGCAUCAGCACACCAAACGUUCACAAUGUAUCGUGUAGCCGGUUAGAUCUUUCUGCCUGUGAUGAAGAUGAUAAGGGUUGGUCUGAAAGUCACCUAGAUAUAUCUGACUGUUCUUCCAGUUAUCAAGAUGUAUCAUGCUAUGGUACUUUGCCCAGGGAGUCCCCUCGCAAGAACAAAGAUGGCAGUGGUGUUGUAUCAGAGAAUUCCCAUGCUUUAAUGGUCAGUCCCUUUAAAGCGUUUUCUCCUCAGCCACCAAAGUUUUUCAAACCUUUAAUGCCAGUGAAAGAGGAACAUAAAAGAAAGACCCCACUUGAAAGCCGACCUCUACUUAGUCAAGAGAGCAUGUCUUCAUCUCAGGUACAUUGCGCUGGCUGUGUUGUGCCUUCAGGAAGUAAUGCCAGCAGCAUGCCAGUAGAAAGCAAUAGCAUUCAUGAGGAAAAGAUUGACUCUGAGGAGGAAGAUAGUGAGUUGGAAGCCAUUAAUAAGAAGUUAAGUCCACAAGGUUUUCAAAGUUUCCGGCCUUACGUACCAGAGGAGUUUGCAGACUUCAGCGUUUAUAAUGCUAGUCUGGAGAACAGGGAAUGGUAUUCUUCUAAAUCGGACUUCAUGAAUUCACGUGCUCUUGAGAAAGAGGUAUCCCGUAGCCCCACCACUAGCAGUAUCACUAGUGGCUACUUUUCCCACAGUGCCUCUAAUGCUACUCUGUCUGACAUGCUUGUUCCCUGUAGUGAUAGCACAGAUCAGCUAGCCAGUCACGUGAAGGAGCUGGACUCUAAUGACUCUUCAGGACCAUCUCUUGCACAUGAUUUAAGAUCUUUGAACAAGGAGUUUCGAGAGUCAGAAAAGGAGUUAGUGACAGAAAAGUUACCCAUGUCACCACUGAAGCAAAACAGUGCCUUAGUGGAACAAUCACCACUGUCCCACAAUGCUACUAAAAAAGACUCUCAGCAGUUACCUACAGCUGGAUCAUUUUCAGCAUUAGAUUCCUCGAAUGGCAAAAAUAUCUGUUGUACAAUUGAAUUUUCAACCCGUGAAGCAACAGUGGAGCACACAAUGGAUGUUCUUGAGGAUCAUUCAUUUACAGAGUUUAUGGGCGUCGAAGAUGGAAAGGACUUUGACCAUUCAGCAGCUCCACAGUUAUGUUCCACUGCAUCCUCUAACAGGGCGAGUGCCUCAGCGUUACCCCAAGGCACUGACAAGGAGCAGAGCACUCGCCUGGGGCAGCUGGACUCAACAGCAGCAGACAACCACGUUGCAAACAUUGUGGAAAGUCCUGUGUGUUCCGUAUCGGCAAAAGAGACUUCAGAUGAUCAGACUAAUCCUGAAGCUUCCACAGAUGAUUUUGUUGGGAAGGACCACUUGGAUGGUUCUGAUGGUGAAGAAGGUGCUUCUACGGAUCAGGCCCAUGUCUUGCCUAGUUGGGUGGCAGUGGGUGAACAAGUUUGUGUUGGAAGUAAUAAAAUGGGCACAGUGAGAUACAUUGGAACAGUGGAUUUUUCAGCUGGAAUCUGGAUUGGAGUUGAAUUAAAUGUUCAGCUGGGGAAGCACGAUGGAACUGUAAAAGGCAGAGAGUACUUCCACUGCAAACCACGGCACGGUGUGUUUGUUCGUCCUGGGCGCCUCAGUAAAGCACCAGCUUCCACAAAGAAGUCGAGUAGCACUUCACGAUCUCAGGCAUCUUCCACUUUAGAGAAACGGAGAAGUUCUCUACUCCAAGGCUCAUCAUCCGCCUCUAAACCAGGAGGAGAUGUCCUCUGUCAUUCAGGAGAUGCAGCGGCUUCUGCUUUUUCUAGAAAGCAGGAAAACAGGAAAUCUUGGAUUAACUAAACUACAGUAUUUUUGCACUUACUACACACAUCACUGUGUAGAAAACUAUGGAUUUUUGAAGCUAUUGUAUAUUUUAAUCUGUCCAUACCGAAUGUGUACUCUCUAGAGUCUUUGACUUAAUUCCCUAAUUUUUUAUAAAUAAUAUAUAUAUUAUAUAUAUGAAUGUGUAUCUAUAGGUUGUCUGCCACUGGGCAGAUAUGGCUGCACACUAAAAUACAGUUAAAGUUGAUCUGUAGAUAAUUGAGGUACUGGACUGUUUGUUACACAACAACUUGGGAGAUAUAUUUUAAACAACAUAGAAAAUAUUUUAUUGUGGAAAAACAGGAUGUAAAUCCAUAUUUGGAAAAAGAAGAGAAAAAAAUACGGUUUGCUGUUCUUAAUUACCAAAGAACUUGUUUUAGACUGACACAUUUGCUGUUUAUAUCUUUCUAUUGUAAAUGUUUUAACUGAUAGCUUGGUGCCAUGGUUCUUUAAGUCACUGGGCACCAUGCUGCCUUACGGUCUGUGUUUAAGCACACUGAAAUAUCUGACUGCUUCAUGUUUUUUGUCUUCCUAGAGGCCUGCCACUGUGCUGACUUGGCAUUGUAUUGAAAAGACUAACAAUGCCUGAAGCUAUGAGCCUGGCAUUUCGUAUGUUAACAUAAGCCAGCUGGGCAGUCUGACUGCAGAAACAGUAUUACUGCAAGGGUAUGAAAGGACAACACUGAGAGGUUUGGGUUUGGUUUUUUUUUUUUCUUUUUUUUUGGUGGAGGGAAAUGGGGAGACAAAGAAGCAGUAAAUGGAUCAUGACUGCAGACUUUGCACUUGUUACUUGCUGGUUGUUAUCAAGGUGAAACAGAACCUGCUAAAGUAAUCUUAACUUGUAAAGUGUAUUUUAAUAAUGGGAAUAAUGGAGGGAUUUAUGUAUGGUGCUCAUGAAUUCCUGAGAAGGCUCUUCCACAUGUAGAUACUGUAGAUGCUUGUACAAGUGUUCUGGAUAUUUGUAAAGUAACACGGUAAAAAUGAGUGAAGUGAGUGGCCUGCUGUAUCUGUUCUUUGUAUCUUAGCAAGUGAAUGAGUGAGAUACCUGGGACCUUACUGAAAAGCUGCUGUUUGUUCUUUGAUUGUUGUAUACAGUAAGUGGACUCUAGUAUUUUACUAUUUACUGUAAAGAAUUGUAAUUUAUAUACUGCCAUACUGUAUUUAAUUGGUACAGACCUUUUGUGUGUUAGAAUACAGACUGUUUACUUGGGAUUUUAAAGAAAAUGUUUUGCUUGUAUUUGAUGCAACUAGGUUUCAUGAUGAAAUAGUAAGCUCUGGUCUGUUACUAGUUUAUGGUGCUCGGAUUCAAAGUACUUCAUAAGUAAGCUGAAGGAUAAGACGCUCAGAGUGGAAGACUGGAUGGUACUAAUCCGUUUGAUCACUGACCGGUUCACGGAGCCCGAGGUGAGAAUAGCCCCUGGGGCCCUGUUCCUCGCCGGCUGGUUCUGCCCCCUCGCGCACGAGGCAGCGGAGCUGUGCGGCUGCUGCCAACGGACGUGCCGAUCGGGGGAGCCCGGACACGUUCCUAGGAGACGGGUUGGCUGCUCGAUAUGUCACACCGCCGUUCGAGCAGAACACAGUUGGCACCCGGGGGGUGAAUUAAGUGCGUUCGCCCUUGACGCUGCUUUUGGCAACUCUGAGCUAGGAUUCUGAUGUGCUUAUGGGAACUGAUUUUGGUGGAAGGAAUGUUUUUGCAGAUCGUAUUUCUGGUGUUCACCUAGGGUGGCUCUUGCUGUCUGUGUUCAUGCUGCUGCUGCUGGAGGAAAUUACCACGAUAGAAGAACCGCUUUAUGCAAAAGCAUUUCAUCAAGGACAGAAGGUGAUCCUAGAAUUCCACCAAGUAUCUACACUCAACCCACUGUUUUGAAAUCAAUUUUAGAUGUCAUUUUAAUCUUCCUUAAAAAUAUUCUCUCACACAUAUGUGCCCACUCUGUCUGUCUCUGACUCACAGAUGUGCUCUCACUCAGAUGCAUUUCUCUUAGGAUUGUGUAAACAAUUUUUAAAGUUAAUAGGACCAUUUUUUAACGGCAAAAAUACAGUAUUUAUUCCAAGUUAGGAUCAGACACACUAGGAUGUUCACUAUUUUAGGCUGUUGAGAAUGUAGAAUACAUGGUUGCUUAAGAAACGCUGGAAUAAUGGUGCUUCUUCAGGUAUACAAUCUAUAAAUGCCAGAGAAACCUAAACAAGCCAACCUGUUCGUGUGCUGUACAUGUUUGGCCUAAUUCAUGCCAUCAUGACUUUUCUUACAUUGAACCCACCUAUACUUUUUCCAUGUUAAUGUGUGUUGCCCUGGCUUAAUUUAAAGUUAGGAAGAACUUGCCUAAUGAGUGCUGUGCACUAAUGUGAAAAUGCAGGCAUUUUAUCUGAUUUACUGCACACACCUUGUUGCUUAAAUAGAAAAGCACUUUUUGUGUGUGUUAUUUUUUUUCAUAAUCAAGUGACAAAUGCAGUGAAUUCUGUCCAUGGUGAUUGUCCAAUGGCAAAUUGUUUUUCUUUGGUUGUUAUAAAAUAUUAUCGUAACUAGCAUCUAACACACUGUCUAAUAAGCAGGAUAUGCAAUUCAUGCUAAGCCCUAGGUUUAAAAAUAAACCAACCCCAAACAUAAUACUGAACAAUACAAGGUAGAACCAGCCUGUCAUUUGACUGAGCUGGCAGAACAAACCUCUCAUCUCAGAGAUUUGGUUAAUCCAAAUAGUAUUAUGUAAUUUUAAUGAAAGAUGGUUACAGUGUUAAAUUAGAUCACACUAGCCUUUAGCGUGUUUUCUGAAUUUACUAGUUUUUUUUCCCCAAGCUACAUGCUUUUAUGAAGAUUCAGCCAAAGCAUUUGGAGAACUGAGACAGCAGCUGCGUAGUUUUUAAUCAGUACUUCUCACUAUUUCAAAUAUUCCUCUGCAAAAGACUUCUUGGCAUUUGCAGCUGAAGGCAGAACAUUAAAUGCUGUUAUGCAAAUAAA